CUUGUCUCUGCUGCAGAGUCUUAUCAGCCACUGUGUUGUUUCACACCUGCUCUGCAUGGGUUACUCAUCGUCAAAAGCAUGGCUAAAGUGUUGCAUGCUGUAGCAAUUUUGCUCAUUGUCUCAAGAGCUUCACCAGAAUCCACAACAGUGACUGUUGGGUCUGAGUCCAAUGCAACGCUGACCACUACACCUCGAUCAGAUGCAUCUUCCUUACCACAAUCAACCACUGUGUCAUCUACAACACUGACCGCAAGACCAAGCUUCACUGAGAGACAAGAGUCAACAAGGCUCUCUUCAGAAGCAACCUCUCAUACUUCUGCUACUAAUUCUCCAAGCACAGCCACCGCAAAGAACGCUACAACUGACACACAUCAGUCCAACAGUCCAGAAACAAGUACGCCUUCAAGAGCAACUGGACAACAGUCAGCAUCAGUCACAUCUUCACAACAAGGCAACAGCACCAUCUCUGAGCAAACAACAACAACGGUCCAAAAUGACAGCAGCACACAACCCGCCGCAACUGCUUCAACAAAGAAAGUAAACGCAACCCAGACCACAGCUUCACAAGGUGUGGAAGGAAAAAGCUUGCCGAUGAGUCCAGGGGUUGUGGCCGUCCUGUGCAUUUUCUUUAUAGUUCUGGCUUUGGUACUCGUGGUGGUGAUCGCCAAGGUCAUCACCAGCUACAGGAAGCCGAAGUUUGAAAGGCUGGACGAUUUACCAAUGAGCAAGAUGAGUGAGGACUCACCAUUUGCCCGAUACCCUCCAAAAUAGAGAAGGCUUUGAAGAUUUUCAGCAAGUGCACUAAAAACUCCAUGCGGAUGUGAAAGACCUUCAAAUUACAAUAUGGAAUCCAGAGUGUCCUGCUAAUGGACAAACAGUGGAGAUGCUCCUGCACUGUGGCCUAAAGAACAGUUAGCAUGUUAAGCAUGUAUAAGUAGAAAUGACCCCUGUGAUGUAGGUCAACUCUUUUUCUCAUGAAUGCUCCAGGAAGUGUAGAGGUAGAGUGGACAUUUUCAGACAGAAUGCACUACUGCACUAUAAGGAAAUGAUUCUUUUUCUGAGUUGAUUGUCAGAUGACUGUAGUCUGUAAUGCUGUUAUUUUUUUGUGUAUUGUGUGAUAAUGUAAUCAUGGCCGUAACCAGCAUGAGAGCGCCAAGGUCUGCACCGUAAUAGUUUUAGAUGGGUUUUUGAGAUUCGGUGUGGAAAAUGCGGUGAGAAUACACAGUCACCAGUGACCGGUUCUUAGCUGACCUCAGAACAGCUGUGGCUUGGCCAUAGAUUUUACUGCCCAAUAUGUUUAUAUCUUCAUGAGGUGCUACGCUACCAAGAGACACUUUGACUUCUUGAGAUGAUUAGGUAUAGAACACAUACAGAGUUUAUGAGGGAAAUGGAUUAUACUUAAACUGCACUUAUUCGUAAACUGCAAUUCUCAUCAUUUAUUGCUAGCUUAAUCAUGACGCUUUAGUCUUGUUCUAAUAGCUGCUCAGUUUAGGGUGUAAGCUCCAUAACAGUGGGGACUGGGAAGCAAGAAAAAUAGACAGAGCUAAAUUAAAUAAUGUAAGACUAUAAAUUGUUAAUUGUUAAUUGACAAAACAGGUUCAGUUUCCUCCGGGUUCUCUGGUUUCCUCCCACAGUCCAAAGACAUGCAGUCAGGCCAAUUGGACAUGCUAAACUGCCCCUAGGUGUGAGUGUGUGAGUGACUGUCUGUGUCUGUCUG